UUUACAGGAUAUUAUCUGAAUGACCAAGCUGCCCUCAUGAAGAUAACCCUUGUGAUUGAGGAAUGGAGGCAGUCAACCAAAGGCGGUCGUUCCACCCUCAUGAGACAGAUGGCCAUAGAGCUGUCUAGACUAGAAAAUGUAGAAGUUUGUAUUUUAAUUCCAAGUGCUAGUCUUGAGGAUAAAGAAGAUGCCCAAAGAUAUAACAUCAAAGUUUUUGAACCUAAAAAAUUUCCAGGCUUUGAACCAGUUGAUUGUCUGCAGUAUCAUCCACAAGGAUUUAGUACUGACAUUAUCAUUGGUUAUGGUAUUAAGCCGGGAUGUCAUGGACAGAUCCUUAAGAAUAACCUUGGCUGUAAAUGGGUACAUGUGGUCCUAAGAAAUGCACGUGAAACAGUAUUAUUCCAGACAGCCGAUAGUGCCAUUUCUAAAGGAAAGAGACAGCAUGAAACUGAGAUAGAAUUGUGUAAAAAUGCUGACAUGGUUUUAACAGUUGGCUCUAAGCUCAAUGAGACCUUUAAUUCUGCUCUGCAUCAGUGUAAGAAAGAUGAUAUAUUCAAACUUAUACCUGGCAUUUUUAAUGAGACUUUUGGUGUGCAGAAGCAAAGCCGAGAUUCAAAGACCUUUGAAAUCUUAGUGUUUGGCAGAGGGAACACUGAAGACUUUGAUCAUAUAGGUCUGCAUGUUGCUGUCAAAGCUGUGACACAGCUUAAUAAGUGUGAGCCCUUUUACAUUCUGAAAGUCGUUGGUGCCCCCGAGGGAGAACAAGAGAAACUGGCGGAGAGGUUGGGAGAAUUUGGGAUCUCUCGUAAUCAUCUGAUUGUGAGAAGUUUUAACAAAGAAAGAACAAACCUGGCCCAGCUAUUUUCGGAAGUGGAUCUUGUUUUGAUGCCUUCAGGUACUGGGGCGUUUGGUCUCACAGCUUUGGAGGCAUUGUCAGCAGGUGUACCAAUCCUUAUUAACCAUGAUUCUGGCUUGGCGGAGGCUCUAGAGGAAGUAACGUUCGGGCACGCAUGCAUAGUAGAUCAAGAACCUGAUUGGGUUGUACAAAUCAAGCGAGCACGAGAACAUCGAAAAACUAGAUUAGAAGAGGCAGGCAUGCUACGCGACAUGUAUGAAGAGAAAUACUGUUGGCAGGACCAAUGUGCUGCUUUUGUGAAGAGGCUUAGGGCCUUGCUUUCAGGACAUGCCGAGGAAAUGCAACAGGAGUUCCAAGGCAGAAGGCGUUCAGCUCGAAAGCGAGUGGCUGGACAUGCUGAGGAAAUGCAACAGGAGUCCCAAGGCAAGAGAAGUUCAGCUCAAAAGCGAGUGGCUGGACAUGCUGAGGAAAUGCAACAGAAGUCCCAAGGCAAAAGAAGUUCAGCUAAAAAGCGAGUGGCUGCUUCUGGUUCCACUAAAGUUAACCCAGAGAAGGAAAGAGGCUCAGCAGGCAAAAAACGUGAACUUUAUUCUGGGGUAUCCAGGAUUAGAUUUAAGGAGGGAGAAGUAACUGAUGAUGACCUUCAAACACUUGGCAAAGCAAUUGGUGUCAAGUGGGAUCGGCUGGCACGUCAAUUACCCAAAAUUACGGAAUGUGACAUUGAAGAAAUUGAAGACAGCCGUAAGACCUUGUCUCAAAGGGGAUUUCAUAUGCUGAGACUAUGGAAAACAAACAAUGGGGUAGCUGCAGACUAUAAGACUUUACAUGAUGCAUUAGUCCACAAUAUGGUACAACGGAAAGACCUCGCAGAAAAGCUUUGUGCUAAAUAAGAAUAUCUCAUAGAUAUUGCUCAUACCAAAACCUUGCAGUUGGUAUAAAAUGAGACGGCCUUAUGUGGAAAGUAAAGACUACUUUGCGACAGUAGUUAUCAAUAAAUUCCAGUUGGUUAUUAAUUGUUAGAAUCUAGUGAUUAAUUUAACCCUGAUUUACAUCCUUUUAUCGAUAGCCUUUUUACAACAUUGUACAGCAUUUUUGAUGUGUUUAGCUGAGUAUUACACACGCAUUUGAUUGGAUCUAUUGGAGGUCGGACACAUACGUAUAUGGAGGAGAAUGUGAAACUUCGCUUAAGAAAGAAGUUCUUUUGAAUAAAGUUGGAGUAUUUUGCAUACACUAAGUUCUCUAAGUUCUUUUAAUGUAGACCACUAUAUAUACUGUCUUU